GCCUGGGAUUUCUAACCUCUGUAACUCUUUUUGUCAUUUUUUUGUCUUCUCUGUCUUCUCUUAUUGUCGCUGAUUCCAUCAAACAUUCAAACGCUGAGGAUCAAAACCUGCAGUUCUUGUCUGAGGCCAUUUGCUGGUUUGGUCUCUUUUUGUAAAACCCUCUGCUCUGGUCUUCACCCUCUCCUUCAGGGUGAGGAGAAUCCCUCCAUCUCCUUUUUCUGCCUCGGUGCACCUGUAGGACCGCACCAAUGGGGAACCACGGCUCGAACCUGGACGACAUUCUGGCGGAGGACAUGCACCACUGGUACAACAAGUUCAUGCGUGAGUCUCCAUCGGGCCUCAUCACACUGUUCGAGCUGAAGGCCAUCCUGGGCCUGAAGGGCAUGACGGAGAACGCCAACAGCUAUGUGGACCAGGUCUUCUUCACCUUCGACAUGGACGGGGACGGUUAUAUCGACUUUGUUGAGUACAUCGCAGCCAUCAGUCUGAUGCUGAAAGGAGAAAUCAACCAGAAACUGAAGUGGUACUUCAAACUGUUCGACCAGGACGGCAACGGAAAGAUCGACAGGGAAGAACUGGAGACCAUCUUCUCGGCCAUCCAGGACAUCACUCGAAACAGAGACAUCGACCCCGAGGAAAUCGUGUCGCUUAUAUUUGAGAGGAUCGAUGUGAAGGGAGAAGGUGAGAUGACCCUGGAGGAGUUCAUCGAGGGAGCUAAAGACCACGAAGACAUCAUGGACAUGUUGAAGAAAAUGAUGGACCUGACGCCGGUGUUAGUCAUCAUCGUGGAGGGCCGGACGGGAUGAGAGCGAAGAGCCGGAGGCGGAACAGGACGAUAAAGACUAAUUUAUAUGCUAUCAUAUUAUUAAAUUAUAACAAUGAUCAACUUUGACUCCCCUUCCGACAAAGAGAAAAGACUGGCUCCACCUCCUGACAAUCUUCCUGAACACACCUAAUGUUCUGUGGUCAGAGCAAGGCAGCGGGAAACCACGGACGCUGAAAAUGUAGAGCUUUGCGAUGGACGUCUCCACUUAUCAGGUUGAACAGGGAACUCAUUUUUGAAAACAAAGCUGAAGAUUUCGAUGAUUCUGUUUUCCAGCGCACGAGUACGGAAAACCUUCUAAAAUACAGCGCCCUGAAACUUCAGGCAGAUUUGAGGGAAUGUGUCUAACAUGAAGCACAAAACAUGUAGACCAUGAAAACCACAGAGCCUCGGGUUUGAAUAUUUCUCUCCAAAAUGUUAUUCUUUGCUUUACUUUGCUUAAAAUUCAAGGCUCAUGAGGUUCAGUCUAUAUUCCAAAAGGUUUUUAAUCUUUCAAAUUCAUUGACACCAGAGAGAGAAAGACCUGGGGAAGUGGAAGAAGGGAUGAAGAAACUGGGUCGAUGAAAUUCAAGAACCAUGCUGGCAUAAAGGACAGUUGUUAAAUACUGAAGAUGGUGCUGAUCAACUUGUUUCAUUGCACACAUUCCAGUAUUUGGUUGGAGGUGUGACUGGGAGAUAAAAAUAUUAUUGUCAUAUUAAUUAGUCACAUUGCGAUGACCUCAUCUUACAUGAUUGUUGAAUGACUGAGCAAAAAAAAUGAACAAAAUUAGUUAAUGGUUUUGUUUUUACAUUAAGGAUGCAACUAACAAUUAUUUUCAUCAUCGAUUCAUCUGCCGAUUGCUUUUAAAUUAAUCCAUUCUCAACCAUUUACUCUAUAAAAUGUCAAAAAAGAGAGAAAAAUGUCCAUCAAAUGUCUUGUUUUGCUUGACCAACUGUCCCAAAACCAAAGAGACUCAGUUCACAAUCACAGAAAACAAAAAGCAAGAGAUUGUAUGAAGAGUUUGGUUUGUUCAGGCAGAACAGCUGAACACGGUUCUUUGUUUCAAACGUCAUUUUAUGCAUUUUACAUGUUAUUUAGCUGAUAUUAGCUGUAUUGCUGAACGCAUGGAUGUCUGAGAUAUCUUUAUUAACACUGAUGGUGGCCACAGUUAGAGGUCAGCCCCGUCUCUGUGAGCACAGCCUGCUUGGGAGUGUGUCCUGCAGUGAGCUGGUCUUUGCUCUGAAGCUGCUGAUCCUCUUAAUGCUGUAAAGGGUUCAGCGGCCUGAGCCAUAAUUUACAGAUUUACAGACAGCUUCACCACCACAGAGGUUUCUUUUCUGAAGGACCAGCUGCCUGCAGGCUGGAGGAGGAAAAUAUUAACUGCAGGCUCCAAAAGCUUCCUUUAAAACACAAAACCAGACUCAAAGAGUAGCUUUCAUUUCAUAAACACCUACUGAAACCACCUUCCACCACAGAGCUGAGCAGUGUAUCCAAGGACAAAAUAAUCCUUGACAAACUGAUCUGUCGGCUCCUCUGGCACCAGACCAGUCCACAAAUUCACCCAGGCCAAUUCAGGCCAAACCAGGCCAAACCAGGGCAGUCAAGGAGUGAUUCAUCUCUAACUGCAGAGUUUUUCUUGCAUGUACAACCUUCAAACUGUCAUUUACUUGGUUUUAUUUUGAAGUAUUGCAGAUUUCCUUUGAGUGAAACUUUUAAACUGCUGCGAUGUGUUUUCAUAUCUUUUGAUAUACACCAGCAGCAGCGAUGUUUGAAUGCACAACAACAUGUAGACAUUGUUACUGUACAGCGAUAGUUGUUAAGUCCGUUUUGUGAGACUGGUCUCUCAUCUUGAAGUUCAAAGGAGUCUACUGAAUGAUGUGAGUGUUGUAAACCUUUUUACUUUUAUAUGAGUGAGUAUAUGCGAGAGACAAGAUCAAGACGAUGGAGGAGAAUGUUUGGACAGUAAAAACUGAUUGUGAACUCAGACUUGAUGGUUAGAGUUGAGGAAAAGAGGCCGUUUUGUCCUUAAAGCCGCUAACUGAUAGAUGUUCAGUCAGAUCUGAUCUGCAGGUUAGCAUCAGUGCUAACAAUUCUUA